AUGUCAUUCUUAGGUUUAGGAGGUUCUCCAAACGUUUCAUCACAAGCCAAGAUACAAGCUGCUGAAGCAGAACUGGACAUGGUGACUGGAAUGUUCAACCAACUAGUCGAUAUCUGUCACAAAAAGUGUAUUGGAACCAGCUACAAUGCUUCAGAUUUGGACAAAAAUGAGAGCUUGUGUGUGGAUCGUUGCGUUGCCAAAUAUUUCGACACCAACUUGAAGGUCGGUGAUAGUAUGCAGAAAGUUGGACAGAAUGGUGCUUUCGGUGUGAACAGAUAA